UUUAAAAAUACAAUAUUUUCAACGAAUGUCACAAAUUUGUCUAAAAAUGUUUUCGAUUUAAUUUAUAGAAAUAUAGAGAUUCUAUACACUUGAAUUGAAGAGUAAAAAGAAAGUGAAUGGAAAGUUAUUUUUUAUUUGAUCCAAAUUGCAACAUUAUUUAAAUAAUUGCAACCCUAGUUACGUAAGAUGUGAGUAAUUAAAUUUUUUUGGCCUGCGCUGUAUAUUUUUAAGGCGCGUCGACGCUGGCGUCGUUGGCAUCCUUAUCGAUUGUCGCAGCGAUCGAAACCGAGAAAUACCUUCGUUACAUCAAAUAAUAACCUAUAUUUGCCAAAAUACUGUAUAGGUUGUCUCAAAAAAGAAGUAUAAUAACCAAUUAUUUUUCGUUAAUUAACAAACACUCUAUAUAUAUAUAUAUAUAUAUAUAUAUAUAUAUAUAUAUAUAUAUAUAUAUAUAUAUAUAUAUAUAUAUAAAAGAUCUAAGAUAUGUAUAUUAAUAAAUGUCAUAUUAUUAAUAUAAUUUGGUUAAGAAAAUCUCACGUCAAAUAAUGACAGUGAUUCGUUAACAGAUCAUUAUAUCAAAAAUUUAACCCCAUUUCCAUAUUUUUUCUUCUUCAAUUAAUUAUUCUUUCAUUUGAAUAUGAGCAAAAUUGAUUCAAGUACAAAUACAACGAAAACCGAUGAAACUAAUAUAGAAAGUAACGAAGAAGAAGUUAAUGAAGACGAAGUAGAACAGGACGUUUACGAAAAACAACUUUGUAUAAGAGAUUUACCGAUAACUGAAGGAUGUUUUGAAUCGCCUAUCGAUAUCAAUUUAAAAAAUACCAAAGUCGUCAUUUUACCCCCAUUAGUUUGGGUAAAUUUCGAAAAUCCACCUAAAAAGACAAAAAUAACAAAUACGGGACAAACCAUAAUUUUCAGUGCGAAAUGGAAAGAAGAACGUCCUUAUAUUACGAACGGUCCUUUCGUGGGAAAUUACGUAUUUUCCAAUUUUCAUCUUCAUUGGGGAUGUAGCGCGAUGGAAGGUAGCGAACAUACGAUGGACGGUUGUAAAUAUCCUGUUGAAUUGCACGCGAUUUUUUUCAAAAGUUGUUAUUUGACUCAAGAAUCGGCUUUAAAAGAACAAGACGGUAUUGCCGCUUUAGUAUAUUUAUUCAAGAUUCAAGAUGAUAUCAAUCCCGGUUUUCAAAUAAUAAUCGAUUCUUUGAAAGACAUCGCCACCGCCGGUAAUUCGAAAAAAAUCGAAAAUAUCGUUGUAACUAGACUGUUUAAGGAAUUUAGGGACGAUUAUUUUUUGUAUUGGGGAUCGGUUAGUACGGAAAAAUGCAUCCAUUACGUAUUAUGGUUAAUUACAAGGAUACCUAUAGGUUUAUCCAUAGAUCAGAUCGACGCUUUGCGUUAUAUUUUCGACGAAAACGGCGAACCUUUAUUGCGAAAUUAUCGCGACGUUCAAGAUUCGAAUAACAGAAGUGUUUUCCACGUUUCUCCUUCGACUUCCUUAUAUUCAUCUCUAUUACCUUUACCUGAACACGAAGUGGUGCAAAUAUACUGAUUCGGAGAAA